ACGGCCACUGGAAUGGUGUCUGCCUGCUGAGGAUAUGCAUUGGCUCCCAGCGCUCACCGGCUUACAGGACACACUCUAGAAUGAGGGAUCUGCAAAUAGAGACAACCACAGCAAGACAUGUCUCUCUGGGGAUGAUGCUGUUGCCGUUGGUGCCACUCUCCCUGUCACCAUGACAAUGCCGCUCAGCCCUCUCUCCAGUGACGAGGAGCAGCGAAGGAUGCUGGGAAACAGUCAACACCUAUAUCCAGGGGCAGAAGAGGAAGAGGGAGAGGAAGAGGAGAUGGACGUUGAUGGCAUAGACGAGGAAGGGGAGGAGGAGAAUGGAGAGCUGGAGUUAGAAGAGGAAGAGGAGGUGGAUGAUGAAGAGGACAUCAGGCGAGGACCCAGGCAUUUGAGAGGAGGCAGGGAAGAGGGGCACAGGCAAAAAGGCAUAAUGGCUGGACGACUCCCAGGAGACAGACAGAUAAGAACCGGCAACCCAGUCCACACGGCAAACCCUUAUUCGUCCAACCCUGGACCUACCCACCAACCAUCAACUAAUCAGCAGCAACAACAGCAUCAGCAGCAACAGCAGCAGCGGAAGCUAAGAGAGCAGAGCUCUAGCAACGCACCUGACGACACACAUAUAGCUAUGAUGGUGUUUCGCAUUGGCAUUCCAGAUAUCAAACAGACGAAGUGUCUGAGGUUCAACCCAGAUGCAACAGUGUGGAAGGCAAAGCAACAGGUGUUGUGUAGUCUAACUGAAUCGCUGAGGGAUGUUUUGAACUAUGGCCUUUUCCAACCUGCUACUGAUGGGCACGAUGCCAAGUUCUUGGAGGAAGAAAGGCCACUUCGCGAGUACCCACAAUCCUUUGAGAAAGGUGUACCCUAUCUGGAGUUCCGCUACAAAACCAGGGUCUACAAACAGACAAAUCUUGAUGAGAAACAGCUGGCCAAACUGCACACAAAGGCCAGUCUAAAGAAGUUCAUGGACAACAUCCAGGGUGGCACCAUAGAAAAGGUAGCCAAACUUCUGGAUAAAGGGCUUGACCCCAACUACCACGACCCUGAUACAGGAGAGACCCCACUCACUCUGGCAGUACAGACAGAGCCAGGUGGUGGGGAGAACAUCAGGGUUCUGGUAAUGGGUGGAGCGCACAUUGACUUUAGGGCAAAGGAUGGCUUGACACCUCUCCACAAGGCCGUCAGAGCACACGGACACACAGCCCUACUGACGCUUUUGUCUUUAGGUGCGUCUCCUGAUUAUAAGGACCGCCGUGGGCUGACACCACUUUACCACACUGUGCUGAUAGGGGGUGACACCUCCUGCUGUGAAACCCUCCUUUACCACAGAGCCACCCUUGGUCUCUGUGAUGAGAAUGGCUGGGAUGAGUCCCAUCAGGCCUGUCAAAAUGGCAACUCACAACACUUAGAGCACCUGCUUUUUUAUGGUGCGGACUCUUCAUCGCAGAAUGCCUCAGGAAACACUGCCCUGCACAUAUGUGCUUUAUAUAACAAGGAGAGCUGUGCACGCAUUCUGCUGUACCGAGGAGCUAAUAAGGACACAAAGAAUAACAGUGGGCAGACCCCGUUUCAGGUGGCUGUGAUGUCUGGCCAUUUUGAGCUGGGAGAAAUUAUUAAGAACCAUCGAGAAUCAGACAUAGUCCCCUUUUUGGAGUCUCCAAAGUAUGCCCCCCAGAGGAGAGAAAGUGCGCGUACUCUUGGAUUGCCCCAUCCUCACCCCUUCCUGAGGGCCAACAGUGAAAAUAGCAUGAAUGUGCCUGAUUGGAUUGCUUUUCCUAAUGCUGCUGGAUCAAACAUUGUCUCUGUACAGGGUCUGAAGCAUGGCGGCACCCUGCGUAGCUCCAGCAGUCCCCGUGGAGCCCGUACCCGUUCCCCGUCCCGUGGCCGAACUGGAGACAAAGAUGAUCGGAGCCGGCAAACACGUGGAAGACAAGGAACUGGCUCCAUCAGUAGUCAGGGCACAGUGAGCGGCCAGCAUCGGCGUCUCUACAGUGCCGUUCCUGGGCGCGUGUUUGUGGCCACUCGCUCUCACUCGGCCCAGGGAGACCGUGAGAUCAGUUUUAACAAGGGAGACAAAGUCAAAGUACUGUGUGUGGGAGAAGGGGGCUAUUGGGAGGGGACGGUUCGAGGGCGCACCGGCUGGUUCCCCUCUGAUUGCGUGGAGGAGGUGGCACUCCGCAGCCUGGACAGUCGUUCAGAGAGCCGCAGCGAGAGAGCCAAGCGACUAUUCCGGCAUUACACCGUUGGAUCCUACGACAGUUUUGACGCACCCAGUGACUAUAUAAUCAAGGAGAAGACAGUCCUCCUGCAGAAAAAAGACAAUGAAGGCUUUGGAUUUGUGCUGAGAGGAGCCAAGGCUCAGACCCCUAUAGAAGAGUUCACUCCCACCCCAGCCUUUCCAGCACUGCAGUACCUUGAGUCUGUCGACGAGGGUGGCGUGGCUUGGAGAGCUGGUCUACGAAUGGGAGACUUCCUUAUUGAGGUGAAUGGGCAGAAUGUGGUAAAGGUGGGACACAGGCAGGUGGUCAAUAUGAUCAGGCAAGGUUGUAACAGCCUCAUGGUCAAAGUUGUCAUGGUUACCCGGAAUCCUGAUAUGGAGGAAGGGAUCAGAAAGAAAAUCCCACAGCAGAGUAAGAGACUGAGCACACCGGCUAUUGCUCUACGCUCCAAAUCCAUGACAUCAGAACUGGAAGAGAUGGCCUCUGCCCCAUGGAAAAAAAAAUCAGAUUUCGAAUCUUCACAAGCUACAGAGAAGAAGAGGACAGUUUAUCAGAUGGCUUUGAAUAAACUGGAUGAGAUUUUAGCAGCAGCACAGCAGACCAUCAGUACCAAUGAGGCUCCAGGGCCCCGGGUUUCGGGUAUAAAAAGAGAACGGGGCAGAGGCUUUUAUAAUGAGCCAAGUUUUGACCAAUCAGGAAUGGGAAUGACAUCUGGGGCUGGGUUAGGCUACGACCGUGGUCAAUUUGUGUCUGGCCACACCUCCCAGCACGGUAUGCUGCGGCAGAAGUCCAUCGGGUGUCCUGAGGAUGAGAAGCAGUUCCUUCAUCCUCCAGCCAUGAAGUUUGCUCGCAGUCUUUCAGUACCUGGACCAGAUGAUAUUCCUCCUCCCCCAACUACAGCCCCCCCUGAACCCCCUUUCUCCUCAGCUCCCCCUCUUGGAUUUAGGGGCAAGACAUCCCAGCAACCUUCGGUUUCUGUGUCCCAAUCCACUUCCUCUUCUGCACAUUAUCAGCUAUAUUCACAGUCAGUACACACCAGGGACAGGUCCCCUGGACACCCAUCUGGGUCUGGAACAGGGGACCAUGCAUUAUCUUACUCCCAUGCCCAAGCCCACCCCUCUGUACCAAGCAGGACUGCCUCCAGGAAAGUGAUUGGGUACACAGGGGACCUUGCAGGGGCUAAAGCUGCAGCAUUAAGAAGGGGCUACAGCAAUGCAGUCCCACCCACUAGUGUCGCUACUGUGAUUCCCCAGCAGCAGCAGCAGACUGCUCAGAGCCAAACUUCAAGAAUGGACCGCAGUUCAAUGGAUGGAGGAGCAGGGGGUGUACCAAAAGGUGGUACACGGAGAGGGAAGGGGCCCUUGGUCAAACAGUCAAAGGUGGAAGAUCUGCGUCAGGGCCAGGCUACACUGGAAGGAAAGGGGUCAGUGGAGAAAAGCUCUAUUCCUAUCCCCACUAUCAUUGUGAAAGCCCCAUCCACCAGUAGCAGUGGUCGCAGUAGCCAGGGCAGCAGUGUGGAGGCUGAACCACCUCCCCCAGAAGAGAGUGACAGUUCUAAACCCCAACCUAUUGCUCCCCCACCUGCACCCACUGUUCCACCACCAGCCCCUCCCUCCAUGCCUGCUCCCCCACCUCCUUCACUACCAUCACUUCAUACUCAAGAGAGUUUGGACUUCACCAGCCAGUUUGGUGCUGCCAUAGUGGGGGCAGCUCGCAGGGAUAGAGAACGAUUCCAUGAAGCACGAAGGAAGAGUGCCUCUUUUUUUCUCUCUACUGAUGAAGAGAUGGUAGGAGAUGGAGGAGGAGGGGGAGGACGAAUCCAGACCCCCCAAAAGCAGCUGAGCUCCCAGCCUUCACCUCGCCUCCGACCAUCCAAAUCUAUAGAUGAGGGCAUGUUCUCAGGUGAUACCUUUAUCCACCACACACGCAGUAUGCCUCCUGCCUUUGGCCUGCCUGAGUACUCUUCACCUGUUUCUCCUGGGGACUAUCAACCCAAGUCUGUACCUGCUGACUUCUAUAGGGCAGGGGGCCGACAACAACAACAGCAAGCCUCUACCACAACAUUUAUUCACCCACUAACAGGGAAAGUUCUUGACCCUUCAUCUCCACUCGGUUUAGCGUUAGCUGCACGGGAACGUGCCUUGAAGGAUGAUGGACAUAUUCGCAGGGAAAGGACCACAGAAAACAACUUUAGCCGUCAGCUAUCCAGCAUUGGGUCCUUCCCCUCUUCCACUGCGCAACCCACCUCACACCUCUCCUACUCAAUGGCCUCAUCUUCCUCUACAACAUCCUCUGCUGCCCAGUCCUCCAGCUCCUCCUCGUACCUUGUUACCUCCUCUUCACUAGCUGCCACCACUACGUCCACUCGGCCUCCAUCCCCCAGGAUCCUGCGUGCAGCAGGGAGUAGCUGGGGUGAGGAGGCAGGGGUAGGAGAGCGCAUAGAUAGGGAGGCUGCUGGUGCCUCAGCUCCUAGAGAAGGCCUAAGGGUCCGUUUCUCUGAAGAUAAAACCGUUCACACACACAACUACCAAUCUCAGCACUAUCAGCCCACCUACAAGGAGCGUGAAAGGGAGAAUCACAGAGACAGAUCACGAGAAAGAGAGAGAGAAAGGGAGAGGGAAAGAGAGAUGGAAAAAGCUCAGACCCAGAUGCAGCAGCAGUCCACAGCAGCAAUGACCCAACAGCCUCGACGCCCCUCAUUCUUGAGGAUGGAGAGUGAGGCUGGGGCAUACAUUCUUUCAUUAACACCUCCAUCCCCUUCUCCAACUGUGGCCCCAAUACGUCCUUCAGCUGGAGGAGGAGGUGAAGUUGGAAGUGGACCAGGACUUAUGGUUCUCCCCCCAGCUCCUUCGGUGGAUGUAGAUGAUGAGUUUGUGUUUGUUGAUCCUCUCCCUCCACCAUUGGAGUUUGCCAAUAGUUUUGAUCGUGGUUUGGGUUACACUGGGGUGAUGUCACGUAAUGUGACAGCCCGCCAUCAGCUUCAACCCCAUCCACCACCUCCCCCACCACCUCCUCCCCCUCCUAAAGACACCUUUAUGGCAGGGUUCCCCCCUCACACACCCCUGCCUUCACCCCAGGCAGGGGAUUCCACAACUUCCAGUCUUACUUCCUAUGACAGUGAAGUUGCCAACCUGACCCAAUCAGCCCUGUCUCCCUCUCCAUCUUCCCCCUCCACCUUGCAGCCCACUGCACCACCUCCACCUCCCUCUGUAUCACCUCCGCCACCACCCACCUCCUACCACAGACCAUUUGGCUUAUCUCUUUCACAACACUCAUACAACAGUACACAUCACACUGGAUGCUCCUCUUCUCCCACACCCUCUCCCCUCUCUAUCCCAGCUCCACCUGCAUACCGGGGGCCCCCAGCAGUAACAUCCACCCCUGCAACUUCAGUCUCUCUUAGAGGUACCUCAACUGUGAGUUUGAGCAGUUCCACAACUGCUACUGCAUCUAUCGCUACUAUCACAACUACUGCUGCCACUGUCACCCCGCACACACGCAUAGCAACUGUCUCCACAGUAGCUACAGGGGGUAGCAGGCGGCCCAGUGCAGAGCAUCACCCACCACCCAGUGCAGCUUCUGUCAAGACAUGUGAGUCCCAGGAGACAGUGGUGGAUUCUGGGAUUGAGGAGCUGGACAGCCGAAGCAGCAGCGACCAUCACUUAGACAGUAUUUUAGCACACAGUGGGACUGGGAUCAGAGAGAGGUUGGAAAGAGCAGGGAUGGGUUGCUUAGGUGGAGUUGGAGAGAAUGGAGGGUCAACAGAGGCGAACAGAAUGAGUGGAACAGACUUUUUAGAAUCUUACAUGAGUUACCUUGAUGGACAGACAUUUGAAAUGCACAAUGCCAAAGCCACCAACACUGCAUCCACCUACCCGAAAACACAAAGGUUCAGAGAAGGCAGCCGGGCUGGAGAUAUUAGACGGCAAACCAGCACUGCCCCCCCUGCAUAUCAUCGACGUAGAGAGGAGGAGGAGGAGGACGAGGAGGAGGAGGAGACAGAAGAGGCAGAGGAGGAUGUGAAUGCCCAUGAUGGUUAUGGGAUGAGGGAAGGGACAGGGAUUGCUCGUUCCUCUGUAAUGUACUUUGACCGACCCCGAACUCCAGAUAUAAAACCUCUGUGGGGCGAUGGAUCGGCCGUAGCAGCGCAGUCUGUGGGGGAUGGAGGGGGCCAGGCUGGAGGCGCAUAUGUUGAGGCACGUAAGCUGCAUCCUCCCAUGACCAGUAUGAAGGCAAGCAUCAUCAAUGAAUUAAGCAACAAAUUACAGCAGAGGAGCAAAGGAACGGAUAACUGGGGACCUCAGAGGUCACUGAGCCGACACAGGUUUUCAGAGGAUUCCACAGGUGCACUGAGUCCUCCCUCUGUCCGCUCUACCUCCCCAUCUCCUGUUCAGCUUUCUCAGCCUGCCUUGUCUCCCUCACCCACAACUUCCUCCCAGCCGCUCUAUGCAAACUGGGCACGAUCUCGUUCUCCUCAGCCCCCUGCUACCUCAUCCCAGCCUCCUCCCCGCUCCCACUCACCCAUUUCUCCCUCAUUGUAUUCACCGUACCCAACUUCACCCAAACACCGGCCUGUGUACCGUACUAAAGCCUUGGAGUUCCAGUUUAUCCCCAGCCGAGAGUCCCGUAAGGCUGAGUCCCAUCACGGCCAGCGCAGACGAGCACCCAGCCCACUAAUUUCUCCCUCUGACUGCCCAAAGAUUGGCCCUCCCCGACCCUCAUCCCUUCCAAUUCUCCCCAGCCCCCUCUAUAGCAGCCUGUAUGACCUCCGAGGUUCUAUUACUCCACCCUCACCUGCCAACCCCCUUGGGGACCCCUACUUCUCCCCCUCUCCCCCUCUCUUUGCCCCCUCAGGUGCCCCACCACCUCCAAAUUCCUCUCUUGUGGUCUCUCGAUCCCUGUCCCCCACCCACUUUUUGUCAGGGACUUCCUCCCCACCUCUCCACCCUAUUCCUCCACCCACUUGCCUGAGUUAUCCCCACCUUCCACCUCCUUCACCUACAAAACCCUUUGCCUCCAAACCACUUCCGUACUGGACCAAGUAUGAUGUGGCUGAUUGGCUGGGCUAUCUGAACCUGGGUGAGCACAGGGAGCAUUUUCUAGACAACGAGAUUGAUGGCACACAUCUGCCUUCUCUUACCAAGGAGGACUACCUGGACCUAGGAGUGACCAGGGUUGGACAUCGCAUGAACAUAGAGAGGGCACUCAGGAGAGUGAUGGACAGGCUGACUUUCCCUGUUUCUGCCCUCUCCCCUCGACGUGAACGGAUGGACAGAAGGAGAAAUGAGGCCAACCCAGCUGAGAGGACAGGAAAUGUGAGGUGACAACAACUGCUGCCAUCAGAGAUUAUUCACUGAACGGGAAAAAAUUCAAGAGGGGACUUUGAUAUCAACCUACCUGCUUACAGAUGAAGAAGAGAGAUAUGAGAUAGAAAGUUGAAAGCCUGACAAACUGUGAACACGCCUGCACUCACACGUGUGAUUCAGUCAACUAAACCAUAAACACCCACAUACAUGGUACAUAUCAACAGAUAAACAAAACACACUUAGUUUUAGAUUGCAGGCAUUCACAAGAUUAUCAAAAUGGAAAUGAUCAAAUUAAUCAAAUAGGUGUUCAAAACCAACUCCACAAUGGGGAAGGUGAUGUACUACACCACUGAGCCAAAUAAUUUUGAGGGAAAGAAUUAAACUGAUCAUUUGCAUUCAUACUUUUUUUCUGUGGUUCUUUAGAGAUAGGGAGAAAGAGAGAUAUUGAAACCUCCUUUGCUGUCUUUCUCUUUUUCUCAGUUUUUGAACCAAGUCUGUUUUACUGACAUAUUGGUCUAAUUUGUUUUUAUGGAGACCAACACAGAGAAUGCAAGUACUGACAAACCCCCUGUCUGGCAUGACUUUAAAGAAGUCAAUUUAAUGGCAGGCACUUAUUUGGUAAGCGUGUGUGUGUGUGUGUGUGUGUGUAAACUGAAAGGUUAUCACUAGAGGCAUGACCGUGAUUUGUUAUUUGUUUUUAUCUCACCAAUGAUGGGAUUCUAUUUUGCCGAAGACAGAUUGAGGUUAAUGCUUAUCUUGUAUUUCAUUAGAAUGUAUUUACCUUCUCAUGUCUUAUAAUGGAAUUAUAUAUCUAUAUCUAUACAGACUGGUCACUGUAUUAAAAACUUGUAGCAAGAACAAAGUGCCCAGACCAACAGAAUAGAAACUCAAGCACUCUACCACAUACAAACACACGUGCACAUGUACACAGGACAUCCUCUGAUUACAACAUACAAACACAUACACACGAAAAACCAAACAUUGAUACACGUAACUUUUAUUUAUAUAAAAUAUAAUGGGACACAGUGAAAUAUCUAUGUUUAGACUCUAAAUGAUGGUUAAACAUAUGGAAAAAUAAUAUUUUAAUUAAGAUGAUACAACAUUGUAAAAAAAAAAACUAAUAUAUAUAUAUAUAUAUAUAUAUACACUGAAAAUUAUAAAUUUUUACCACAGACUCAAAAUGACUGCAAAUUCAAUUAACCUUUCAAAGAUACAGCAGCUCCAUUUUAAGAGACAACAAGGAGAAGAGGGAGAGGGGAAACCAAACUGCCUGUAUUUCUCUUUUUCCAAGUCACUCUCUCUCUAUCCUUCCAAAAACACUCAUGAACAUGCACUCUGACAUCGGCGAGGCAUACAUGCUAAUAUCUGCUUUUUUUUUUACUACAACAAUUGUUCCUAUAACAAUUUUUAAACUAUAAAUGAGUCUGGAAUUGUUGAUUUAAAAAGAGAUGUUAUUUAUUGCAGUCACUGUUCUCAUCGUCCUUGCUGUUAUCGCAUUGACUGAGCUGCAGUGUUUGUUUCUGAGAGCUAAUGCUGAAAGUUUAUGGGUGACAAUUUUUAGAUUGUGACCUCAUGCAAUGUGCUUAUUGUUGGUACCUCUAGAAUUUAAAUGAAUGAAAAGACUUUAAUAUCUAACAAUGUCCCUCACCCUUCUCUUCCCUCUACAUAAUCACACAAAACAUUGACCACUUUAUAUGCAAGGACUAUCAAUUAAUUUAUCAAAGAUUUUAUUGUCUGUGCAGUAUACACCCUUUAUGAUCACACUCCCUUGCACAAACACUAGUAAAUCUAGUGACCUCCAUCACAAAUAGUUGCUCAAUCAAUUAAAAGGGCUUCUCAUCACAUUGCACUUACUUUUAUGAGUUAGUCCUACUCUUUCUUUAAUCUGCUGUCACCUUUACAAUGACUUCACGUUUAUGUUCCCUUCUUAUCUUUGUAAUGUUUCUUUUAGAACCAUCAGUAAAGAUCCUCACUCCCUCCAUCAUCAAUCCAUCUGGCAUUAGUUACUCCUCUCAUAAAGACAGAGUGCAUUCAUCAUACAUAACAGUGAUCGCUUAAUCACUUAUGAUGAACAAAGAUUGCAAUUUUUUUAUAUUUUUGAUGUUUAAGGCUGGUAAGUAUAGUAAAAUUGAUGAUAACAGUAAGGACAAUGAAAGAAAUGAUUGUUCUCAUGGAUUGAGAUGGAAAAAAAUUAUUCUAAGUUUAAAAGAAUCUCUGUCUUCCAAACAGUGUUUAACGUUUAUCAUGCUUUCUACACAUCCUGCUUCCCGUUUUCUCACUUUUCCUCAGUCUAAUUCAAGACAAGUUUCAAUAGCUGCAGGUCAAUAGUAUCCAGGUGUCAUGAGUUGCCCACUAGGUGGAGUAUGUCACUCACUGUACUUACUAUUCACCCUCAGUUUCAAUCAGUUUCUGGAUUGAAUGAUUGGUUAAUUGGAACACACAAUGCAAGAAAGCUAGCAUGUGACAUCAGAAGCCUUUUCUGGAUUGAGAAGGACAUUUUUUAAACAUCAAGCACAGAUUUCUUGGCGUAAUGCUCAUUCGUGCUUCAAAUCCUUAAAAGAACAGUAUUCAACCUUCACUUGACACGCUUUGACUCACUGCAGGGUUAUCCAUUUUAAUUCUAAAGUCACAUUGAAGAUCAUAGAGCCAUUAUAGUGUCUGGAAUAUGUGACCCAGGAAGAGGUCACAGAUGAAACGGGAGCAAUUGAUGCAGCAGCCAUCCAGGGUGUGCAGAAAGCAUCCCUUUCCUUUGAAACUGAAAAUUAACUAUGAGCAGAUAAAAGGUUAUUUACAGAGUAUAUAUGUAUACGAUACACUUAUUCAUAUACACAAAAUACUAAUGUUUUAAGAAUUGAAUAA